AUGGCCAACCUGAAGGAUCUGGAGACCACAGCAAAGGAAGUGCUGGGGAGACUGAAGAGCAACCAACUGUUUGAGUCCAAGUCAGACACCGCUUACUUCAUUAUCUUCCUCAUUGCCCUGGAUGGUCUCUGCCUCUGGCCCAUCAGCCUCUCAGGCCAGGCCCCAGGUGGAGGGCCAUGUCUGGACACCUGUCCCACCCCCAGGCACUAUAUUGCUCCUGAUGCUGCUUAUUUGCCUCAACUGCUGCUGCAGCCCCUGCUGCUGCUGCUGCCGCUGCUUCCGCUGCUGCUGCCACUGCUCCCUCCGCUGCUGCCCCUGCUGCCUCCGCUGCCUCCGCUGCUGCCCCUGCUGCCUCCGCUGCUGCCCCCACCACCCCUCCAGAUCCCAGACAAUGAGUGCCAAGCAGGUGAGUCCCACUGGCCCUGGAAGGCCAGGAAUUGCACUGGGAUGGAGGAGAGGCUGCUGGGGCUCCUCAAGAUGGGGGGUUAG